UCAGCGGAGACGCCGGCUCUGGAUUUCCAUUGGCUGCACCAGGGUGGAUUUGCUGUGUGUAUUUUUAGCGUCGUUUCCCUGUUCCAGCGCCGAGCGGUCAGUCUUAUCUCCAGACUUGCUCAGUACUGCACGGCACUAGCCGUGGAGGGAGGGGGACUGACAUUAGGACCGUGGCAGCCCACGCUCCCAUCCCACUUUGAAAUCUAGCCUGGAGCAAGCAGUUGAGAGCGACCGGUUACUGGGACCUGUGUGUGUCAUCCUAAUUCAGUCGGGAGUGCCUGAGGGCUGCAGGCUUGCUGAUGGCCAGCCCUAACGUGAGAGACGGCGAGUGGGGAGAAACUCCGCACCAGGACUCCGGCUCCGGCCCCGGGCCCGCCUUCAUCGAGGCUCAACACUGGAUAGAACAAGUAACAGGCAGAGGUUUUGGUGAUAAAGACUUUCGAACUGGCCUGGAAAAUGGAAUUUUACUUUGCGAGUUAUUAAAUGCUAUAAAGCCUGGGGCUGUGAAGAAGAUCAACCGUUUGCCAACUCCCAUUGCAGGACUGGACAACAUUACAUUGUUUUUGAGAGCAUGUGAAGAGCUUGGACUAAAGGGAUCACAGCUUUUUGACCCUGGUGAUCUCCAGGACAUGACCAACAGAGCCUCAGUCAAAGUACCAGAGUGCAGCCGGAAAAUGAAAAAUGUCUUGAUCACAAUUUACUGGCUUGGAAAAGCAGCAAAUAGCUGUACGUCGUACAGUGGACCAACACUGAACCUAAAAGAAUUUGAAGGAUUGUUGGCUCAGAUUCAAAAGGAGAUGGAGGACACAGAGAGUCCAAAGAGAAGUGUUCGUGACAGCGGCUACAUUGACAGCUGGGACUCGGAGCGCAGUGACUCCCUGUCACCUCCCAGACAUGCCAGGGAUGAUUCCUUUGAUAGUCUGGAAUCAUUUGGGUCACGGUCACAACAGACUCCAUCCCCUGAUGUGAUAUUUAGAGGAAGUAGUGAUGGUCGUGGCAGUGAUUCUGAAUCGGAUGUGGCAUCGAAGAUACCUGAUGUAAAGCGAGACGACAUGUCUGCCAGACGGUCUUCCUACAAUGAUCCUAAAUCCUCCUUGCCCUUUAACCAAUAUCUACCUAACAAGCACAAUCAUACAGCCUAUAUGCCAGCACCUCUCCGAAAAAAGCGGGCAGAGCGAGGAGAAAAUUACCGGAAGAGUUGGAGCAACGCUACCUCACCUGUAGGAGCAGAACGACCUUUCAGUCAUAGUCAUCCUGAGCCUAUACAAGAAGAACACAGUGAAGAAUCCUCUCAGGGUGAAGAUUUUGCAGAUCCAUCAUCUACCUUUCCCAAUACUCAAGAGAUUAAUGAUUCCAAGCCAACAGUAAAGUCUAACCUGGUUGCUGCAGAGGACGUUGGUGGUCUCAAGAACCCGUUAGAAGUUCACCUGGUGGAAGACCCUGGGCACAAAGCAUCCAAAGAAUGUACAAGAAGGGAGGGGAAAGAAGAAGACGAAAUAAAGAAGUUGAAAAGAAUUCAAAAGGCUGGUAUCACGGUCCUGCCAGCAGCUGAGAGAUACCGCAGACUAAAACAACAGCAAGAAAGCAGUGGACACACUUCUCCAGAUAUUAUUCUUCGUAGGGAAAAUACAUUUUCAACUAACUAUCUGGACAGCGAUUCUGAGACUGAGGAGGGGGAAUGGAAACUUCCUGAUCUUGAGAAAGAUGACUUCGCUUUAAGGAAGGCUCAGCUCCACCAAUGCAAGCCCAAGGUGGUCAAUCAGUUUUUAGCUGGACCAUGCACGAAGAAGGACAGGGAGCUCUGGGCGAGUAUCAAACAUUCCCCUCGUGGAAUUGAUGGAGCUUCUCAAAGGCAAGAGCAGAAAAUGGAAAGCAAAAGUCCCAUUAAGGCUGCAGAGAGUGAAGUUAUUAUCCUUCAGGAAGCAGGCAUGGAAGCAGGCGUGUUGCUGAAGUCGCAGAAAAAGAAUGGGCACAAUGAGGAAGAGCAGGUGAAAGGACCAGAUGUAGAGCGUGAUGAUCUGGCUCGGCGAAAGGCCCUGGUUGGUUUUACCAGUCGGCAAGAGCCUCACACCUUCAUUCCUUCCUCUAUCACGUCAGCUGAUAUGGAGAUCUGGCAGAGGCUCAAGCUCUCCACCAAUACCAGUGAGGAGGCUUCCAAACCAACUACAACUUGUUCUGAAGUGAAGCCAAAGUGCGGAUCUGAAAUAGGAAAAGCAGCUGAAGUUGACCUUGCCCAUCGUAGGGCAAGAAACACGAAGAGCGCUUCACCCAGCUGCCAGCGCUCUGUGCAUUUUGGCCCAGUGACGGAGAUAGGUCAGCAACGUGGGGAUAAGAUGAGCAUCAGCAGGGCUGGCCCAGGCAGUGAGUCAGAAGAAGAGCCAGAUAGUUGCACUGUCAAAGCCUAUACCUGCCAUCAAUUACCCUCAGUAUCUUCAGCAGUUAUCCUCAAUUCACAAGACAAUGCAAUGGGAGAUAAAUCCCAAAUCCGUGCACACAGUGAGGUUAUUCUUGCCUCCCAGAAGGCGAUCAGUUGUGAACCUGAAGAAACGUUCCUUAGUGAUACUUGCACAGCUGAGUAUUUUCCAAGGAUCCCUUCUCCUGUCCUGGUUGCCCACACAGUAACUAUAAACAAAAACGCUCAGGAUUCCAGCGAAGGGAGUGAAGAUGACGAGGAGGGAAUCCCGGAUGUGGAGAAGGACGACAUGAUGAGUCGUCGGAUAAGAGACACCGCCAAACAGAGCAGUGCUUCCUUUAACAAAUUUCUCCCAGUCCCCAGUUCACAGCAAGACCAGGAAUUGAGCGGAAUUAAUAAAGAAGCUGAGCGGGAACCGAAAAAAAGGAGAAAAUCUGAGGAUGAAUCUCAAAGGACAUACAGUCCUACAGCAGCCCUGUCUGAUGAUACAGGGAGCGUCAGUAUGAAUGACAUGAGAACAGAAGAUGAUGGUCCAACACAGCCCCAUAGUAAAGCACGCCAUGAGGAACUACACAAAGUUCACAGUCGACUGCGUGAAGACCAGGACAAAUGGCAAGAUGAUUUGGCUCGCUGGAAGAGUAGGCGGAGAAGUGCAUCUCAGGACUUGAUCAAACGGAAGGAGGAGCGAGAUAUCGUGGAAAAAAUAAUGAGUGGGGAACGCAGUUUGUCAGAGAGACGGAAGAGCAUUAAAACCUACAAAGAAAUUGUGGAAGAAAAGGAAUCCAGAGAAAAAGAACUCCAAGAAGCAUAUAAAAAAGCAAGGACGCCAGAAGAAGCUGAAGAAAUUUUGAAGAAGUAUUCACAGAGAUUUAUGAUCAGUGAAGCGUUUCUUGAAAACCUGGAGAUGCCAAAAUUCCUGGAGAGAAGUCAGUCAGUGGAUUCAGAUUCUUCAUGCUCGCCUACAAGGGAACCUAAUUCACUGAAGUACUUACGACAGCAGUCCUUGCCAAUCCAAAAAUAUACAGCCACUGUUGAAGCAGUGAUAAUUCCCAGCAGCCAACCGCAGGCUAACUUUACUGCAAUGGUUACAUCCCCAACCAAAACUGUUGCCUCCAAGGCAGUGCCUAUGUUGACUCCAAAGCCUUAUUCACAACCAAAAGAUUCGCAGACAGUGCUGAAAUCAUUUAAGAAAAAUGGAAAGGUAAGAAUAAAUGGAGAGACAAGCCCAACAUUUACCAGAGUGGAAGAGAAUGAGUCCACAUCUCCAGGAUUGUCCCCAUUGCUCACCCGAUCGCAGAUGUUUGAAGGUGUGGCAAGAGUGGAUUCCCCACUACAGUUACAGGAAGAUAACAGCAACCGUGUAUCCCGACUUGAGCAGCUUGCUUCCUCUGCCAUCAAUAAUCCACAAACUGAAAAUACAGAUAAGGAGGAGCAAGCUGAGAUGACAAUUGUCAUUACUACUACUCAGCAGGCAAACACCAAGGAUGACUCUGAAUUGAAAUCCUUCUGCAAUGAGCAAAAGGAAGAGUCCGUAAUAAAUGCAGAUGAUCCUCAGAGGGACCUGGACAUUUCGAUUGUACACAUUGCUCUAUCAGACAAUGCUGAGUUGGACAUAAGGGACGCAGUUGAAUCCAAAAUAAUGACGUCGGCCGAAGCCUGCCUAUUACCCAAGAGUGAAGCUUCAAAUAACAGCCCCCAGGAGCAGUUUAAACAAGAAGGAUUAAAAUCGACGACACAUCAACAGGAUAAAACGGGAGAUGUGUUGGAUUCAGAUCAGGUGAUAAGUGAACUGAAGGAAGAGGUGACAGAAAACAGUCGGUAUGAUGAUGCCAUUAAUCAGCAAGAUAGUCCCUCUGGAUCCGGGAUGAUUUGCUGUUCUGCAGGUUCGGAACAGGCUGAUGAAGCCGUUGUGGGGUUUGCAGACUCUGCCACAGAGCCAGCUAAUUUUGCCAGUGUUCCGGUUACAGUUCGGAACUCUUGGCGACGCUCAGAGUUUUUCUCACUGCCAGCAGAAGUAGACAGCAGUGAAAAUAUAAAUAUCCCAGUUGCAUCUUUAAAUCUCCCUAAGCAUUUUGACCGCUGGUAUUGGGACCCAGAGGAAGAACGCAAGCGACAGGAAAGAUGGCAGAAAGAGCAGGAACGCUUGCUCCAGGAAAAGUAUAGAAAGGAGCACGAAAAGCUGCGUCAAGAAUGGGAAAAAGCACAAAAGGAGGUCGAGGAAGAAGAACGAAGAUAUCAUGAAGAGGAGCGUAAAAUCAUUGAAGAAACGGUGACUCCACUGACUCCACGAUCGGUGCCUGUCCAGCUUCCAUCUGAGUGGCUUUCUAUCUCAAAAGCAGAGGAAGUCAGGAAUUCGGAGUCCACUGAACUCACCCAUGGGGAGAGCAAACAGACCGAAUUGCAGAAGCAAACAAUGGUAGAAAUAGACAGUUGUCAGAAAGGAGAUGAGGGGGGGCUUCUGGUUCAAGAAACACAAAGCCAGAAGGACACCAAACAGAGAUCAACACAGACGCAAGCAGAAGCACUGAGGUCAAAUGAUGAGAAUGGAUCAGAGGAAAACCAGGAGGUAGCUGAGAGGAACAGUUUGGAGAAAUGGCACUGGCAGGACACCAAACAACUGGAAUCUGAAACGCUAAAGUUGAACUUGCAGUCUGCACCACAUUUUUCCCAAAGAGAUGAAGAAACUGACAGUGAAAGACAAAUUCAGGCACGCAGCCAAACACUCAUCACAGAUCAUCAUCAAGUGUCAGCUCAAGCUGCAGACUCCCCUGUUUUUCCAGACCGAUAUCAGAAUGCACAAGAACCUCCUCUAUUCCUUGACGUUCACAGAAACCAACUAUCCAAUGUUCCAGACGAACAGAAGACUGGGUCUCUGGACAGAAGCUGGGCUCAUCAGUCCAAUAUGAUGGACAGAAAAAAGUGGUCUGGAUCUCAUGAGAAUUUACAAUCAAGCCAAUCGCUUCUUCAACCACCAUCAUCUCCCACUCCGCUCCAGUCUCCUGGCAGGUCAGUCAGUGGAAAAAAAUUAUGUUCAACUUGUGGGCUGCCCCUCGGAAAAGGUGCAGCCAUGAUCAUUGAAACGCUCAGUCUGUAUUUUCAUAUUCAGUGCUUCACGUGUGGUAUCUGUCGAGGACAACUUGGAGAUGCAACUACCGGGACAGAUGUCCGAAUCCGCAAUGGUCUUCUCAAUUGUAAUGACUGCUACAUCAGGUCCAGAACUGCUGGACAGCCCACGACUUUGUGACCAUGCCACAUGCCAAUCAGCAACUGAAAAUCCAAUGGAACACAGAUGACCCUGAAGCUCAAUGCGAUGUUCACUAUUUGCAGACAAUUGCAGAGAGAAACUAUCAUUCACUGGCUUUCUCACUCCCAGAACCCUCACUUCCCAAAAACAAGUUUUACCAGCGUUGAUAUUUUGGCAACCAACAUUUUGAAUCAUUUUCAAGUUAGUGAAACCGCUGUUGUUUUGUUCAAAUAGUCAAUAGUAGCAUCAUUUGAUAUAUAUUUGCUGUUGAAGAAAAGCUUUUAAGUGGAUUCGACAUGUUUUUUUAUUAAUAUUGUGUGAUAAUGUAAUUUAUUUUAUUGCCUCCUCCAGUUAUGAAAAUGUUAAUCAUCAAGGUGCAAUUAUUAAUGGAGUAAGUGAAUAAAAUUCUAUUUGUCCUGUGUAUUGGUUAAUAACUUUGGUCUUCCUUUCCUUGGAACUAAUUUGAGCCAUCUGUGUCACAAUUAGGGAAUGUAGAGAUCAUUCCAAAUGGGUAGAUUUACAAUUACCUUGUAUUUUAGAUUGCUAUGUCCUUCAGGUGCAUUUCUUCAUAACGUAAGAAUUUCGUGAAGGUCUAGCAUUCAGGAAAAAGGAUAGAGGCAGUAAUCAAGCUUUUAUUUCAUCUUGGCUAAUAGUAACUUGCAACUACACAAUGUAUUAGAGCAACAUGGAAUUGUUAAACAAAACGGAAUUGAAAGCUGAAAUGCUUGCCUUUUAGGAACAUAUGUGUGCCAGACUAAGAUUUGUUUCACUCGUGUUUGGUAAAGAUACAAUUUGUGUUCAAAGUCUGCUUUCAAAUGUGUAUUGGCAAUGUUUGGUAUUGUGCAUCAGAUCCUUGUGUUACUGGCAUUCUUUCACCUAUCAUUCGGCUAAUUGAUCUGUUCCACUGUAGAGAAGCAUUUUAGAUCUAUACCUUCUUCAAGCUAAUGAUUAUUUAGUAGACAACUGCCAGACUGCAAUUCAAAUGCAGGUUGUCAAAAUGGAAUUUACCACUCCCAUAACUUGAUCAGGGGUUUUCCAUUAUCACAUGGAACCAGUCCCCGAUUUCCCUGUUAACCCAGUGUUUUCACAGUGUUCAAUGCCAUUUGCCCUGUAUAUAAAGAAGCAUCAAGUGUAACAAUUCCAACAGUGUUCUGAUAAAUACAAUGCAGUAUAUCUGUGCAUGCUCAAAUACUGUGGAUUAUAUUCCGAGUUAUGAAUGCAGUCUGCAUAACCAUUUUAAACUCCAGUAAAUUGGGACGUCAAUUUGGAAACUGAGCUAAAAUUGAUGAGCGCUAAGUUAGAGGUUUCAUACUUAAUGUCCAUUUAAGUGUAUAGUAAAUCCUUUUAACUAGAAACAAUAAAACGAGUCGGCAUCCUGUUAGACUAACAAAAAAGUAAAUACAAUUAUUUGGAUUAUUAUUGCACCUUUGAUGAAGCAUUCUACCUGAAGCAUUGAAACUAUGAUUUUUUAGUCUUUCUAAACAGGGAUUGAAUCAAAAUAGUUUAAGUUAUUUAUAAAUAUAUCAGGUCACUAUUGGAAUAAUUUGCAUAGCUGUUGAAGAUUUUAUAAAAAUACUGGAAAGCAGACCUUUCAGUUGGCGAAUUUGCUAUAGAAUUACAUUAUUUCAUUUUUUUAAACUUAAAAUAUCGUUAUAUUUCGCACAGGCUUUUAAAAUGUCACUUGGGUUGAUUUGUAGGUCGAGCAAGACGACCAUUAAGCAAUUACAAAUAACUUGAGGCAUGGCAUAAUCUCUUGCUUGGCAAACCUAUUAUAUCCGAGGCAAAUGCUUGCAAAGUGAUUCAAUGAAGAACAGAUAGCACCAAAUUAGCCAAUGACUUGUAUCUGCCUUAAACAACAGCAAUACAAUCCCUACUCUAUAUUGCGACUCCCUUGCAGAAGGAUAAUUAAUAAGGUGUAGUCCAUUAUCAUUUAGCAGCUUUGUUGAAGAGAACAUAACUUAACAAGUCUCUUUGUUCCAGCAGUAAUUAUCUUAAUUGCAAGGUUGACAUUUAUUUAUUGAAGUAGUUUAACAUGUUUUGCAUGUUGGUGAUACGGCAUUAUAUGAUAACUGCGUGGUUUAUUUUUAUUUGUAUCCAUUGUUUGAAUAGUCUGUUGGAAUGCAAAAUGUGUUUCAUUCAUCAAUGUUUCAUUGAAACUGUGCCUUACUAAAUGCAGGCUAUUGCACAUGGAUGGUCAGAAGUGUAGAGAAUAUAAAAUGUUGGUAUCUGGCUCAUAAAAACAUCUAUGUCAGCUAUUAAAUGAACUGGGUGCAAGUGAUACUGGGAAGAAGAUGAGUCAGACAUGAAGCUGAGGCCCAGCUGGUUCAUCUCAUGUGACUGGCUCACAGUACCCAAAGAUUCCUACCCUCCGCAUGGUUUCAGCAAAGCCUGAUAUUUCUCCUGGAGUCAGUACAUUCAUUGUGUAAACUACAUCUUCUAGCAUUCAGAAGAUUUUUAAAGACAACUUUUUACAUAUUCUUGUACACUCUCACUCCUCAGAAAUGAUCUGCAGGGGAAACAUUGAAUAUAUGUUAUAGCACAUUCUAUACUUGUUCCAAUAGCCCCUUUUACAAUUAUGUCUUUUUUUUAAUAUUAGGUAGUUUGAUUUUGAACUAAAUUCAAAGCUACUGAGCUUUUAAUUGGUAGCACUGCAAUUUCUUGAGAUGCGAAGUAAGCUUUUUAGGAUUUAUUCAAUCCACAAUUAAACAAUAAUCUAAACAUUUUAUCGCAAGAAAGAAAGACAAAAUGUAGGCUGGAAAAUAUUGUCAACAGUAUUACAUGAAUGAUGAACUUGUUCACUUUCCCUGUCCACUGUUUUAAAGGCAUUACUAACUCAUUCAAAAUCUGGCUCAUAAAAAUAAAUGCAGUGAAGCAUUUUGGGGUAGAAAUUCAUUUGUGUUGCAAUUCUAAUCAAGUGAUGUAGUGGCUGAUACAAAUUGAGCUCCACUUCUGAAAUCAUGUUAUUGACUUCAUUGAAAUCAUAUUUUGGUUUAAUGCACAUUCAUCGCCAUGUUGCACAUUGGUCACGUGCAGCAGAAGACCCAAAAAAACUGAUCAUAAUUCCUUGCCUAAAAUGUCAAUGUAGCAGAGAAGUGAAUUUCUAUUAAAUGUAAAAGUGAUGAACAUCCUAGGUAACCACAGUACAAUGAGUGAGAAGUUCAUAUCUGGAAUAUUAAUCAGUAAAGAUUUGUCAGGGUAAAUAAUAUUGUGAUUGUUUUUUUCCCCACUGUCACUUGAUUAUUCAAGGUUAUGUAAUUAAAUACAGUUUCCUUGAACUAGCAUGCCAUGGAACUCUCCCAGCAUCUAUUAACAUCUGUAUUGAGAGCACUUAUUUCUGAUAGUAUGUGGCUAAAUUACAUUUUCCCCAGAAUGUGCUUGACGAAAUAUGGACUUGGAUUGAUGUAUGUUUUAAUGACAAAUUGUAACUGGGGCUGUUACUCAAACAUAAACAAUUAAAAUUGUCUUGCAUAUGCUACGGUUGAACUAUUGUGCUAUAUGUAUAGUGUUUUGCCUCUUGAGGGAUACGUUACAAUGUGUUCAAUUAAUGCAACAGCUUUUAUAGUAAAUGUAUGUUGUUUAUAAAUAAAACUAUUAAAAAUA